AGCAUCUCCAACUAAACAAGCUUUAGAGUAAUCCAAUCUCAAGCCUUCAUAUCAGAUUUUGGAAACCCCCAGUCUUCAUAUGUGAAGGCCUAGAUUGCACCGGAUACUUUCAAGGGCCUACUUUGGUCACCAUGGCACUAGAGGUGUAUUGGUAUGAUUUUGUUUGUUUUGGCAUUGUCGGUAUUGCCUUCUUUGGUGCCUUGUGGGUGCUAUGGAGGAAAGAAGGCUCAAGAACUGAUGAUAACACCGUAUAUGAGAGCCUUCUAGUGUCUAGACCAGACAGUGAUGUGCUUGUGAGUGCACUGCCUAGGGGUCAUGUGAGCACCUCUCAACUAUGGACCAGUUGUUGGCGAGGGGUGCACCCCAGAUGGCUCUUGCUCACACGUUUCGUGUCAUUUGUGGCCAUGGCUGGGUUCUUAGCAUGGGAUAUAGUGGAUUGGGAUGCAUCCAUCUUUAUUUACUACACUGAGUGGACUUUUGCAUUAGUUAUGGUCUACUUUGCGCUUGGGACCAUUGUAUCUGCAUAUGGAUGUUGGAUAUCCACACAAAAACCUCGUUCUGACAAUGGAGCAAGAGCUGAAUUUCUGAGAAGGGAUUUGGAAGAGAAUAGAACCACAAACUCUAUUACUUACAGGGAAAGAGAGACCAAGGGUACCAUCAAGUUGCAAAGCCACUAUACUGAAGAGGAGAUUCGGAAAAGAGCAGGAUUUUGGGGAUAUCUAAUGCAAACUGCAUAUCAGACUUGUGGAGGUGCUGUUAUCUUGACAGACAUUGUGUUUUGGUGUGUUAUUGUCCCAUUUUUAUCAGAUGCACAUGUUGGCCUCAACCUGUUGAUGGGUUUCAUGCAUACUCUGAAUGCUUUUUUCCUUCUUCUGGAUACCUCACUUAAUAGCCUUCCAUUUCCUUGGUUCCGGCUUGCAUAUUUUGUGCUCUGGAGUUGUAUCUAUGUUAUUUUCCAGUGGGUCAUUCACGCCUGUGGUUUUUCAUGGUGGCCAUAUCCUUUCCUCGAGUUAGAUGUACCGUGGGCUCCUUUAUGGUACUUUUGCAUGGCUGUGGUUCAUAUUCCCUGCUAUGGGACAUAUGCACUGAUCAUAAAAGCAAAAAAUUCAUUUCUCCCCAGAUUGUUUCCCCAUGCUUUUAUUAGGUCAUGUUAGCUUAUUGUUGUUCUCCAAAAUUGAGUGACAUUAGAAAUGGUGUUCAUUUUGAAUUUAUGCUUGUGUAUAUAAAGGAGGGAAUGGUCAAACCCAACCCUCAAGAAAUUGUGCUUCAUACUGUAACUGUUGGACAUAUUACAGUUGAACCAAUGCCCAAGCUUUAUUGCCAGAAUGAAGCUAUAUCCUAUGGUAUAUUGUUUUUGAUUUUCCUCUUUGUACUUUGAACUGGCCUUUACCAGACCUGCUUUAGAAAUUAAUGUGGAAUUUUUGAACUAAAA